ACGCACGGCGACAAGCAGACGGGGGAGGAGGGAGAGUUUGGAGGCGCCCCUCCCAAUCAGCCGGGUGGCGCGUCCCCGUGCGACCGGCAAGAUGGUGGUGGGUGCGUUCCCUAUGGCGAAGCUGCUAUACUUGGGCAUCCGGCAGGUCAGCAAGCCGCUUGCCAACCGCAUUAAGGAGGCCGCCCGCCGAAGCGAGUUCUUCAAGACUUAUAUUUGCCUCCCGCCGGCUCAACUGUACCACUGGGUGGAGAUGCGGACCAAGAUGCGCAUCAUGGGCUUCCGGGGCACAGCCAUCAAGCCGCUGAACGAGGAGGCGGCAGCGGAGCUGGGCGCCGAACUCCUGGGGGAGGCCACCAUCUUCAUCGUGGGCGGCGGCUGCCUGGUGAUGGAGUACUGGCGCCACCAGGCGCAGCAGCGCCACAAAGAGGAGGAGCAACGCGCCGCCUGGGGCGCGAUGCAGGACGAGGUGGGCCGCCUGGCGCUGGCGGUGGAGGUGCUGCAGACGCAGGUGCAGCAGGCGGCAUUACCGAGUGCCCUGGAGGAGCUGCGGGCGCAGGUGCAAGAGGUACGAGCCCAGCUCCAUGUCAGGGACCGGGAUGCGCGGUCCACGCCCAAGGCAGUGUCUGCAUCAGAGAAAUAGGCAGCUGCUGAAGCCUGAACUUGGAUGUGGCCCUGUGUGCCCACCUGUGGCCUUCUUAAUGCAGCACCCCUGCCUGUGCUGGCCCUGCGGAAACCACAGGAAUCUUGAUGGACUUGGCCUUUGGUCACCCUCUACUGACCAGUGGUACCUUCCACUGGGACUGUGAAGCGUUCCAGCGUAGCUGCCUCCAACCUGUAGCUUGUGGCUACAGUCCUCAUUGCUCACCUCUCCACCCCGUUUCCAGCUGCACAGACCCAGCAGGUCCCAGCCAGCAGGACAGCAUGCCCACUCUUCUGGCAGAAGAACAAAAUAACUUGGACUUGAGCUGACUCAACCCGUCAACCUCCCCAUUUACCUGAUCAGUGGUACCGCUCCAUGGGACACUCGCCCAUUACACUGAGCACGCCCUUCCUUUUACCAGUUGGAGCAGGCCAUUGAAAGGCAUGUGUGUCUUUCAGUGUACUUCUGUCUGUCCCCCCUCUGAGGUGGGCUGUAGGUGGGCAUCACCCCUCUCUUUGAGCGGGGUGUGGGGGAGGGUCCUGGCCUGCUAUUUAUCCUCCAAAUAGCUUUCCUUAACCUGAUCCAUGUGAUACCUUCUCUUGAGUCCCCAGGUCGAAUGUUUCAACAGAAUCCCCUCAUCCUUCAGUCUCCAGCACAACCCGCCGGCAUGGCUGUGCUGGUCUCCCACGGCACCCUCCCAGCGCCCUUGAUGUGGAGGAGAAAAUGGCGUUGCCUAGGGCUAAUACAACCUGGUUCUGCCUGUCUGCCUGUCCCCAGCGUCCCUGGGCCUUUCCUGACUCGGCCUGUCCUGCCGUCUCCUUCAGUGGCCUCUUAGGCAGCCGCCAGCCGUGGGUUGGGUCACCACGUCUCCCAUGCUGCAUUUCAGUCUGCUGACCUGUGUGCUCUUGCCCCCGCCGGGGGGCCCUGGGCUGCUCCAGCUGUCCGUCCUCACACAGUGGUACCUCCUGCCUGCACCACCCGAGAGCCACCUCCGGCUCCCUGUUCUGGGCCUCUGGUCGGUCUGCCUUCUUUAGUGGUUUCCUGUGGCCCCCGGAACAAAUCACCACACAAUUGGCUUAAAACAACAAGAACUUCUUCUCUCACAGAUCUCAAGGCCACAGAUCCAGAAUCAGGUGUCAGCAGGGCCAUGCUCCCUCCAAAAACUCUAGUGGAGGAGGACUCUCCUAUCUCUUCUUCCAGCUCCUGGUGCCUCCAUGUGUCCCAUAAAGACACCCGGUCAUUGGGUUCAGGGACACCCUCAACCUAGGAAGACCCUUUGUGCAAAGGAGCUCACAUUCACGAGUUCCACGGGUAAGGAUGUAGACGUACCUUUUUUUGGGGGGGAGGCACCAUUCAACACACUGCACCUCCUCACCCCAAGAGUGUGCUGGGACCCCUGCCAUCCCCGUGGGACAUUCGGCCUUCCCCACUUGACAGGGACAGUCCGGGCACCAGCCUUUACUUCUUGGUUUCUCUUCUGGGAUUCACCACAGAAGCAGGAAGGGGUGUGGUCCCCCCAGGCCCUUCUAUUUUUUCGGACUGUAGAUGUCUUCUCAUUAAAGGAGCCUGGAAUGAGGAAGUAGUUUUAAGGAUGUGUCUCAGAACCAUUACAUGGACUUCUGAAAAGGAUACAAAGCUCAUUUAAACUGGGAGAGAUGCUGGGAGAUCUGAUGGGGUGAAUGAGCUAAGAGUCAGCCUGUGAACUCUCCCAGAUGGGGAAACUCCGGCUCUGGGGAAGCAGAGGGGCUUGCGCACAGCUGUGGGAGCCAGUGAGGGAGUGGAGUCCCAGGCACGGUGGGGGACCCAGAGAGGAGCCCAGGUUGUUCCGGGUGCGGGAAAGGAGGGAGAUGAGACGGAGGUGGAUUAGCAGGGGAGGGAAGGGGGUCUCUACAGAGGUCUCAGAGGCAGUGUUCGGAGUGGGUGGCCCCCACCCCCAUCAGAGCAGCCCCAGGUCACACCCAAGAUCUUAGCAUCUCGUGAAGGGGGGUAGAUUCAUCUCACCUGGGCCCUUUUCCAAGAAAUGGGAGAGGCAGGUUUUCUCUCACUUCCUCACCGCACUUCCACGGGGUGAUUAAGAAUGACCUGGACACAAGACCUGACAGGGAACUUGGGUGCUGAAACAUCUGAUUCUUUGCAGGAGAAGCUGGUGUAGAGGGAGCCAAGGAGAUGGGUUCUGGGGGUUUUUAUUUUAAGUUGAAGUGCCCUGAGCAGGUUAGAUGAAGAAGGCAAGAGAUACCACUGUGUGAAAGGGGGAUGGGUGGAGGAGCCAGGUGAGCGGCUCAGUGCCUGGUUUCCAUGGUUACCCCUGAGCUGGUUCACAUCUCUGGAGCUUGGGUUGCUGGUGGCCAGGGACGCUGACUGCCAGCCCCACCCCAUCGUGUCAUUAAAGAGCAGUCACAUGGAAUUUAUUGAGCUCUGGAAAGGUGCCCAGUGUUCUAAAUGCUUUGCGUAAUCCCAGUGGCAUUUUCUUCAUUUCAUUCAUGAAGAAACCAAAGCACACAGAGGAAAAGUCACCUGCCCAAGGUCACACAGGCAGGGAAGAGACAGAGGUGGGACAUCAUGAAGACAGGCAGGCUGGGCCAGAACCCAAGGCCUUCAGCGCCGCACCUUCCCGCCCCCGAUACAGCGCUGCGCUCACAUCUGUAAGGCUACAAACAGCCCCUGUGUGUCCUGCCAUGUGGCCAGACCCGUGGGACGCAGCGACUUCACCCACUGGGUGGGGAGUGGGAUCAGGGUGUGCGAAGUGGAGAGACCCCCUCUCAAAAUGCGCGAGGCCAGAAAAUGCAUGGUUCAUCGCUCUGACUUCCUACUAGCAAAAAUUUUGUAUGCAUGUGUGACUUGGGGAGGGGGGUUAGAAUAAACCUGUAAUUCAA